UAACAUUUUAUUUUCGCAAAGAGUUUGGCAGCAGGAAUUUCAGAACUUUUGAAAUCCUCUGAAUUUUGUAAAACAAUAUAUAUUUUGUGUCUAAUCAAAGAAAUAUCGAAAAUAGAAUCUUAUGGAAUUACAAUAAAACCAAUUAUCUAAGUCUAGAAUAAACUAGCAUAACAGUUUGAUUCAAUUCUACUUUUUUCAAACACAAAAUCAAUAAUCCUUGCAAAAGGAGACGCAAAUGCUGAAAGAGGAAUGAAAAAUUAGCUUAGAAAAACAACAAAGCAGACCUAACCUGGUGCAGAGAAAACCAAGAUGUCUGACGAAGAAGAAUCUAUGUCGGAAGGAUUUUCCGCCAGCGAGGAUGAAUGGAAGCCAAGUAAAGAAACCCGCGGUGGCGAGUCGUCAGAUGACGAUGAUAGUGAUUUUGAAGAGUCCUCGCCAAUAGCUGCUAUUAGCGCAUCAAGUGGAGGUGGAGGAAGAAAAAGGGGUGAGCGGGAGCCCAAAGCACGCAGUGCAGCAAAACAAGGAACGUCAAAGAAACGGCCUGGUCUUUCCUUACGUGCCAAACUUUACAACAAAUAUAGGCCACUGCCAAAGACAUGCUCUCCGCCAAGCAGUGAAGGAAAAAACUCACCUUCGGCGUCGACUUCACGCACGAACUCAAAAAACGCCAAAACGCCCAAUGAAAGUAGUCGAAAACAACGCAACGAUAACGAAGAUGAUGGCUCCAGUAGCGAUGGCAGCAUCGACAAUUAUUUGGUCGAUCCAAAUCAAAUUGACAUAGAAUCCAGUUUCUUUAAUGUCAACCAGGCGAACGAGUCCAAAACGUCUGUGUCACCUGUACCAAAUUUUGAUUGUAAUGCUGGUUUGGGUAAUUUAUCAGAUUCAGAAUCAGAUGGUGACGAAAACAACGAUUCAGGCAAUUUUCACAAAACGGAAGACACAAAAGCUUUUGAUUUUAGUGAUUUACUCCAAAAUGCCAAUAGCCUGGAAAGGGUUAAAGAGUCAUUGGCAAAGCAUGCUGCAGAGGAGGCGGCAGCUAAAAAGGCUGGCACACCUUCCAAAAAAUCGUUGGGCUCACAAAUCGAUAGCAUGGAUGUUUAUUCACUACUUGCAUUGGGCGAAAAACAACAUCGAUCUCACAAUGAUGGUGAGGACGAAGAGGACGAUGAUGACGAAGAGGAGGAAGAUGUCAAGACAAAAGGCGGCAGAGAUCGUCAUAGCAAAGAACCUCUGAAGCUGAGCAAAACGAAAUCAACUCGUGUCAAACGUCAUACCAAGACCCGGCCAGCAUCAACUGUUGUGGCGGCUGGUGAUACUGACGAUUCAGAUUUUGAGGAAGUUGCAGGUAGGAAACGCAAGUAGUGACACCUUGUAUAUUGGUUGGUGAUGGUUGGUUGGCUAUAGACGUAAUGUUAUCAUCAUUGUUUUGAUUGUAGUUAAUUUACAUGCAUUAUGUAUGUGCUGGAGAGUGUGUGUGUAAUUUGUUAUCAUGAUUUUUUAGUCUUGUCCCUAAGACAAAAUACUAAGGAAAGUAUACAACAAAAUAAACAAAAGGAUAUUUCUAUUAUAAGGUCUCAAUUGCGCGCGCUUCCACAGUUUCGAUAUUUAAAAAAAAAAUGAGACUGCAAAGAUAUUAAAUGCUAUUGCAAAACCAAAGACAAUUUUAAGCUCCAUAUCUAAAGGAACACACACCAUGAAAAUUGAAAAGAAAAGAAACCAUCAUAAGCAAAAUGCAAGUUGCUAUUCCAUACGUCAUCAUACCUAUGUUUUUGGUAACAAUGCAAGAAAUGACAAAUGAAGGUUAUUAAACGUGUGAAUUUGAAUCAAGAUAUCUUAAGAGAAAUCAUUUAUAUUUGUAGUAAAAAAUAGUUUUGUAAUGAAUGGUUUCUUUUUUGGCAUUGCUACCAAAAACGAAGUAUAUAUUUUUUAUUUAUUAUUAAAAAUUGCGGUUGUGAUAUUUUAUCUUUAGUAAUUUUUUUAUAUUUAUUUUCAUUUCAUUUUUUUUUGUUGUAAUUAGAAAUUAUUGUCGGACUUUUUUUACUUUCAUUCAACACAUGUUAUAAAUAUGGAGAUAAGUUGGACAGUUGCGUUUGGAUUGCCGACAGAUAUAUGCCCUCAGCAUUUACCAACUAAAAUGUUUUUUUUUUUAAGUUUUGACCAUUUGUAGUAUUAAAGGAAUGGAUCGCUAUAGCUCAUUUUCUCACCAAGCAUAUUGAGAUGUGCAAAGUAUUAGGAAGGUUGAUAACUUUUUAAUUUUAUGUGGGAUUUAAUUUUCUCACAAAGCAAAAUAUGAACAGACAUAUUGAGAUGCGCAAAGUAUUAGGAAGGUUGAUAACAUUUUGAUUUUAUGUGGGAUCUACGAACAGGAGGACAAAUAAGCAUAAUACACACAAUCAGUGUGUGGGCAGGUAUCAGAAGAAGUGGAAGAAGUUCUAUUUUCACACAAUAUAUAAUGUGAGCGAAAGUAUUGAAAAGUUUAAAUUUUGUUUGUUUGAAGAAAUGUAAUUAUUCAAAAUUGUUAUGCAUUGUGCGGGGAGGACUAAUGCUUAAGUCUCAAAUAAAUCUAAAUGCAAAAUUGUAUUCAAAUCAGAUGCUUCCUUUGUUGCCUAAGAGAUAUUUGAUUGUUUUGUUAGCAGGUGGAUCUAUACUAUAUUUUUUGUGAACAUUUUAAAAAUAUGUGUUCCAAGCUUAAAACAAAUCGGUAACUUCCUUCGGGAAACAACCGAACAUAGCAUAUUUAUACCCUACACUAUAUAGUGGUAAGGGUAUUAUGUCUUUGUGCAUUUGUUUGUAACAUGAAGUUCCUUUUGGUGAUCAGCAUAGAACCACAUUUUGAGUCGAUUUAUGCAUGUCCGUCCGUCAAUCCGACUGUCCAUGUAUUUUUGUAUACAAAAUGCAGGUCGCAUUUAUUAUUCGAUUUAGAUGAAAUUUUCCAAAUAACAUUUGUAUGGCUCAAAGACGAACUCUAUUGAAAUCGGUGAAAAUCUGUCCAAAUAUAUAUCUACGACCGAUAUCAGGUUUAUUGUGGUCCAAAUGGCUAAUAUCAGUCCAAAUGGAGUGAAUUUCGGCAUUUCCUACCGAAUUCAGCCUACAAGCAUUUUCUUCAAAUUUGAUAAAAAUCGGUUCAGAAAUAGCUAUAGCUUCCAUAUAUAUGUUUCAUACGAUUUGGUGUUUAAGUCCCUCAAAUUCGUAAAAUGCACGAUACAAGAAUAAUAUUUGGUACCAGAUAUCAGAUGCAGCCAAGAAAUACCUUAUUUCAAUUUUAUGAAGAUCGGCUCAGAUUUGGAUAUAGCCUCCAUAUAUAUCAUUAUUCGAUUUCAGGUUUAUUUUGCACCAAAUAGCUAAUAUUAGCCCAAAUGGAGUGAAUUUUCGAAAUUCAACCGAGUUUAGCAAUUUGCUCCCAUAUAUAUGUUUCAUCCGAUUUGGUCUUUAAAUCUCCAACUUUCGGAAUAUGCACUCUACCAUAAUGAUACUUUGUACCAGAUAUCUCAUGGAGCUCAGAAAUUGCAAUAUAAACCUUUCUUUUACGAGAGCUCUACUUAAUAUGCAUAGUGGUGUAGGGUAUCGUUUAGUCGGCCCCGCCCGACUUUUGAGCUUUCCUUACUUGUUUUUUUAUGGCGAGGUUUAGACACAUCAUACAUGUUUCGUAUACAAAACACAUGUCACUUACCUACGGGAAUUGUUAAAAACAAUUACUUCUAGCCAUUUAAACCAUUCUUUGGAUGGUUUAAAUGAUCCUGACCGUUUUUCAUUAAUUAUCUGAACGUGAAAUAUCGAAAAGGUAUUUGUAUUCAUCACCAAGUUCUAAUCCAAUUAUGAAUAACGAUUAAAUCGGUCCUUCUUUGGAAAUGACUCCGGCUUCCGAACAUUUGCCACAAAUGAGUAGUAUUAUAGUUUUGACAUAAAGAUCUCAUAAAUUUAAAUAUAUUCCUCCAUUUACAAAGCAAUUUUAAAUCCUUAAUUGCAACGUUACCCAUUGAAAUAAUAAAUUUAUCCAGCUUCGUGCAAAAGCUCUAAUAUCAUGCGACCAAAUAAAGUUAAUAUGAAAUGUGUUAUAAUUUUUUAUUAAUUUUUUUCCGACUACAAAGAUCAAUAUUAAACAUAUAAUUUGUGUUUUUCUACUUUACUAUAUACUUUUGGUUUAUUAAUCUCAUUGUUUAAGUUGAAAUGCAUUUAAGGGUUUUCUCUAGUGUACCGCGUUUGUUGUUGUAGCAGUCACUAAGCAUAGUUAGGAAUAACGACAAUUUUAUUUACACGAAAUUCUAAAUUAAAUUUGAUAAUAAAACAAAAGAUUGAUAAUAAAAUAACUAUGAUUCUUAGCACCCCAAGUUAUGAAUUGUAGUAAUAUCUGAUAGUUUGGACAUUUUUUCGAAAGUGAUAUAAGUCAUAUAGCAAAAAGGUAGAAUCAAUUAAUCAUGAAGAUCUUUGAUUGUAUCGUGAAAAUCAAACCAUUAAAUUUCAUACAAAUACCCCCAACUUAUAUCUUUUGUGACAUCAGAUGUUAUUACAAAUAUAAACUAAAUGGAAGAUGCUGGAAAGGAUAUGCUAGUCAAAUGAAGAGAUAAAAGCAAAAUUAGUCAAUGUAGUUAAUUUAAAUAUUUAGAACUGAUUAAAAACGAAUUUACUUUAAAAAUGUAUUCAUAUGUUAAAAAAUUAUAUAAAAAAUAAAUAAAACACGAAAUAUAUAUAUAUAUAUAUAUAUUACGAAAAGUAACUACAAUAAAUUUUGUUAAAACCCAAUACUAGUGAUGACAUCUUUGAUUUAGAAUAAAAUCUAUGAAGUAUGCAUAGAAAUACACACGUUAGUUCUCAAGACAAUUUGAAAAAAAACUUAGUUCAGUAAUUAAGAACAAUAGAAAAAAACCAAAACAUUCAUACAUACAACAUUUGUUAAAAAAAAAAUAAAAA